AUGCUGCGUAAUAUAGUUUUAUCUACGACCAGUAAAAACUUUCAGAUAGUGUGUGUUAGGCACAAACAGGCAAAAUUUCCAAAAAAUGAUAAGAAAUUACAAGCUGCUGGUGAAUCUCUCGCUGCAAGAGGUUUUCUUCGCCCAAACAAACCUUGGGAUCCACCAGUAGACAUUGAUAAGACUGUUCUUAAAAUAUGUGCUGAUAAUGGACUUCGAACAGAAUCUGAAUUUGAUUCACUUGAACAAAAAUAUACAGUACUAAAGGCAUGCUUUGAUGAAACUGGACAUGGUGUACCAAAUUCUUUACUUCACACUAUUGAAACUGUUGAGGACUUGAGAGAAUUUUAUGAGACUCCAGUUGAUACAUUGAGUCCAUUUGAUAACUUAAAGAAAAUGGAUUUACCAAAGAAUCUUCAUGUGCAGGAAGAUUAUGUUCGAUUCCAUCCAGAUAAAGACACUUUGUUCAAUGGAAAAACAGCAUUCCCCAAGAGUUCCACUAUAGUAUCUGGUCUAAAAACUAGGAAGAAGUAUGAGGGAUAUACUGCCAAGACGUCAUGGCCA